AUGGACGGAAGCAGUGAAAGCAGUGAAAGCAGCAGCGCAACAAGCCAGAGAUUGGAUGGCAACAGUGGGAAGAACGUUUCUCCUUUGAUUCAUUCUCGCCAAGAAUUGCUGGAGGCAGAAGGAGCAACCCGACGACAGCAGGCGAUUGAUGAAGAAGAAAUUCUGAGGUCCAAAGAAGAAAACCAACGAAACAUCAAUCAGCAAAAGGAACAAACACCUCAGAUACAAGAUGACGGCACUGAAGACAAGGACGACCAACCAGCAUCAGAUGCCUCGGAAGCUUCAGAAGCUUCAAGAAGAGAGGAGGGAAUAGCAAACGUGUCGGAAAGAGGGGAAGAAACAGCAUCAGCAGCAUCAGCAGAACCUUCAAAGCAAGAGGAAGAUGACGAAGCCUCAGGAAGCGCAGAGCAAGCCAUGGCAGUAACUCCUCCAGAUCCUCCUACGGCAUGUAAUAGCAGCAGACGAAGCUCCUUGCUGACGAUUCCCUCAGUGAUUGAUCCGAACACGGAAUACAAUGUGAUCCUCAGGAAGCCCCGUUUGCCCAUGAGGGCACACAUUGGAUCAGCCACCAAAAACCACACAAAGAAUCCACCUGAGGAGCAUCCGACUCAGACCGAGAAUCAGCAGCCUGAUCAACGUCAUACGGAGGACCAUCAGAAGACGGAGCACCAGGCGGAAGACAGGAAAUGCCUAUUACGGAUUCCUUCCGUGGGUGAUCCCAACACGGAAUACCGCAUUGUCUUGCGAAAACCACCCAUUAUUACCUGGACACGAAACCUCAGCAUGUUGGUGAAAAGAAGCAAUACUUCUGUCAGACGAGGGACACUAUCGUCACUCAAAGAAGGCCAAGAAGAAGACGAAGAGCUCGAGUACCAAUACUACAACAACGACAGCGACAGUGAUCAAGAAGAAGAUGAAAAUGAAACACUACGAAACAUAUCACAAAGGUUAUCCGAAUUGGACGGCGAUGAACUGCAACCAAUCGUGUCUCUCUUUCAAGACUAUGGAGAACAUUUCGAUUAUUCCGAAGACGAGGACGACUCCAGCUCGGAUGGAGAGUAUUUUAUCAAUGACUAUGCGCCCAUGGGCCUCGUGUCUGCUGCCUCGAAAUCUGGCGACAUGAAUAGCCAGAAUGGUGAUUUCGCCGACAAUCGAACGGUGAUCAGUUUGGAACACCGAUUGGCAGAAAUGGAACAAGACGACGAGGACGUGCAGCAACAACGAGACAGCAAUGCGCUCGCAGCAGGAGUUUUGGGUACUAGUAGCGAAAAAAGCACAAGACAUCUUCAUCAAAUCGAAGUCGACUUUGCCGAUGAUCUCAAUGGAAUCACCAAGGAUUUGGAAACUGCUUUUGACAGCUUUGGUGGUGGUGGUGGUGGUGGUGGUGGUGGUGGUCAAGACAACAAUAAUGCCUCGUUUGCUGGAGUGAGCAACGUUCGACCUUCCAUCGUCUUUGCUGCAAACAGCCUCCUUCGACAGCUCUCCCUUCUUGGAAAAAUGGAUACCAGCAGCAGUCAGGACAACAACACACCGACAAGCCUUCUCGAUGAUUCGUCGUUUCUACGUCGCGAUAGCGAAAGCACCGUCGCCAGUGCGGCUCUUGCCGUCUUUAUGGCUACGACUGCCACCACCAAUGUCAAAGAUACCCCAGGUAAUCGCAACCCGAAAACAACGAAAUAUCCCAACGACAAUCAUGAUACCAAAGCGUCGUUUCUACGUCGCGAUAGCGAAAGCACUGUCGCCAGUGCGGCUCUUGCUGUCUUUGUGGCUACCACUGCCACCACCAACGUCAAAGAUACUCCAGGUAAUCACGACCCGAAAACAACUAAAUCUCCCAACGACAACGACAAUCACAAUCAUGAUACCAAAGCAAGAGAUGGAGGCGUAGUAGAUGACAGCUCGACGACCAGUGCUGGCUCGACCGGUCAAACGCAACACGUUCUCAAGCCAGAAUCACCAACCUCGGUGGAAAAGUUCCCGUUCACAAAUCUUGCGAACACCAACAAAGAAAUUUCCAGAGUAUCACUCGAAUCCGACACCACGGCUACUACAAACACGACAACUACAGAAGCUAGUACAUUGACAUCCGAUGCUACAAUAACCGAUACACAACAAACCCCAGAAUCAUUGGUUACGACGAGUAACCGAAACAAGUUUCUCGAAACAGAAGCUCCUAUCGUGCAACACGACGACGACGAUCACGAAAUGAAUAUGAUAUCAUCACAACAACGGCAAUCACUUGACGAUUGCCGGUACAACCAAAAAGACAACAAUAUGCACGGACACGGCAUUGGUAAUGCAUUGCAAGAGCCGCUACCAAUCUACGAGGGAAAUCAUCGGAGCAGCAGUUGGCUAGACGGAUUCUACAAUGCCGUCAGGGACAUUAGAGAAUCGGGAAGACAUUCCCAGUCGGCGCGACUAUCUACUGCAUGAUUGACGCACCAUGCAAUGCAUUGGCUGACAUUCUCUCUGCGAGGCACUGCUACGGUCUCGUUCCAAUUCGAUUCGAUUCGAUUCGAUU